GCUGCUGCCGUAUGGGGAGGGGACGGGAAGCAGCUGCCGGGCGGUGACUGCAACGGGAAACCCAACGGGAAGCCCUGCACAGGGUUGAGGGACCUCACGCUACAAUCCACUGCUGUAAGACCCCGCGGGGGGCUGCGGCCGAGUGGGGACUCUCCCUGCAGCUCCGAUGGCCGCAGUUGAGCUGACCCCAGUGGAAAUGGCCAUCGAGACCAUGGUCACCGUGUUCAUCUCCCACACGAGGAAGGGGGGUCAGAUAGGGACACUGACGGCCACUGAGCUCCAGGAGCUGCUCCGGCUGCAACUGCCCAAUGUAAUAAAGGACAUCCCAUCCCUGGAGGAGCAGAUUAGGAAGCUGGAUGUGAGCACCGACCAGGAACUGACGUUUGAAGAGUUCUGGAGGCUGAUGGGAGAGUUGGUCCAGGCCCUGUGGAGGGAGAGAGAGGGGAGAAAGAAGUGAUGGGGAGGGGGACGCUCAUAAAGCAAAAUAAAGAAGCUUUAACAGGCUUGGAAA